CACACUGAGACGGAAGUGGACAUUUGUAGUCGUUAGAAAUCCUUAUGGUGACAUGACAAAACAAACUGAUUUCUGAAAUAAUACUAAAGAAGCCGGGUAGAAAAUCAGGUUUUGGGAACGUUUGCCUCACAGAGAUAAAGCAUGCACGGCCGAGUGAAGAUUAAAUCUACAGCCCAGCAGGAGGAGGAGAAAAGAAAGGAGCGAGAGAAGAAACUGAAGAUAUAUGUGGCUGCAAGAGAUGCCUGUUUCUCCAAGAGGAAGGAGGGUAUUUGGGAUGACGAGGCUCUCCAGCUCACCCAGCAGCUUCUCUCGUCCAACCCUGACUUUGCAACACUCUGGAACUACAGAAGAGAAAUCCUGAUGCACCUGGAGACUGUGAAAGAAGAGGAUGAAGUUCAGAAGAUUUACGAGGCCGAGCUGUCUUUUCUGGAGUCUUGCCUGAAGGUGAAUCCAAAGUCCUACGGCAGCUGGCACCAUCGAGGUUGGGUCUCCGCCCGGCUGCCUCGACCCGAUUGGGCCAGAGAGCUGAGCCUGUGUGAUCGCUGCCUGAGCCUCGACGACCGCAACUUCCACUGCUGGGAUUACCGUCGGAUGGUGGUGAAGGUCUCAGGUGUUCCGGUCGAUCAGGAGUUGGGUUUUACCGACCGUCUCAUUGGCUCCAACUUCUCCAACUACUCCAGCUGGCAUUACCGCAGCACCCUGCUGCCUCUGCUCCACCCAGAGUCCCCCGAGCCCCCGUCACCUCGUCGAGAGCGCCCGCACUCUUCCCCUCCGCCCUCUCCACAAACGCACUCCCACCGCGUCUGUGAGGAGCAGCUCCUCAAAGAAUAUGAGCUUGUACAAAACGCUUUCUUCACCGACCCUAACGACCAGAGUGCCUGGUUCUACUAUCGCUGGUUGCUAGGCAGAGCCGAGCGUGAGGAGAUGAUAAGUUGUGUUUACGUCAGUCGGGAAGAGGAGAGAGUGGCCGUCGCCUUCUCCCGGCCCGUUAAUGCUCAGUCCGUCGGCCUCCUGCUCGUCCUGGACGGUCAGCCUCAGAGAGUGGAGUGGAGGAGUGUACAUCCUCGAUUCAAACACAGCCCUGUCUGGAUCUGUGAUCUCCCUCCUGGAACUAUAAGCGACAUCACAAAUGAACACAACCUGACGGUGCACUGGACUGAAAAACACACUCACAGAGACUGUGCGCUGUACACAGGUCGAGCUGAGAGCUGGUGCAGAGACUCUGCCACGGAUCAGGAACUCUUCAGGAGUGAACUGUCUAUAGAGAAGACGUCGGUGUUACAGUCCGAGCUUCAAUCCUGCAACCAGCUGCAAGAAUUGGAGCCGCUCAAUAAGUGGUGCUUACUGACCAUCAUCCUCCUGAUGAGGGCGCUAGACCCUCUGGGAUAUGAAAAGGAGACACUCGCUCAUUUUCAAACACUCAGAGAAGUGGACGCCACGCGUUCUGCCUACUACAGUGACCUGUGCAGCAAGUUCAUGAUUGAAAACACCAUCCUGAAGAUGGAGUACGCUGAAGUGCGGGUCUUCAGUAUUUCUGACAAGCACCUGACCACCUUGUGCCACCUGGACCAGCUGUUAUUGGUCACUCACAUCAACCUGUCGUCCAAUCAGCUGCAGCGGCUGCCUCCUCAGUUUGCCAUGUUGCAGUGCCUGGAGGUCUUGGAGGUUGACAACAACUGCAUAGAGAGCCUGGAGGGAGUGUAUCAUCUCCCCAAACUGGAGGAACUUCUCUUGAAAAAUAACAAAAUCUCCACGUUGGCAGAUCUCCAGCCACUGGCGUCAUGCCCAAAGCUGAAGUGCCUUGAUCUCCGUGGAAACCCCGUCACUCAGACGGCCAACAUCGAGUCUGCGCUGUCCGAGCUGCUGCCCUCCGUCACAGACCUGCUGCUCUGAUGAGCCGCGGGGGCAGGAAUGACUGCCACCCAUCAGCCCUUUUGUCCUUCACAUUCUCAGCCUGUUUGUUUGUGAGAGAGAGUGUGUGUAUGUAUGUGUCUUUCACGGGUUUUGUGUCUCUUGUUUGUUCCACCUGUUUGGAGGAGUGUCAAUCACAGCAACCCCUCGGCUCUGAAAGCCUGAUGCUUCAGAGCAAACCUUAAAUGAAAUGUCUAGACUUCUGAGUGACUAAGUGAGUGUGUGAUAAAUGAUGCAUUUCUCUGUGUGCGUGUCCAGAUGUCCUCUAUACAGCUAACCCAUAUGCAUGCAGAAACACAGAUAACGGAGUAAGAUGUUCAUGACGACUGUUUCCACAGCUGGCUUGUUGCUUCUAUGAUCUUUAAAAACGGUUAAAUGUAAGAAAAGUUCACGAUCAGAGCAUCGCACACUUCUCAUUCACAUUUUUUUUAAAGGUUGUGUAAAGCAUUUAAUAUAUGACACUAUACUGUUGCACAGUGAGUCACAGAGCCGUAAUAAACAGCACACAUUGUGUCACUGCCUUCACACA